AUCUUGGCGUCGUUACGUAACUCAGCGUUUUCUUCUUGACGAAAAUACUGGUCCACAAUUUUCCCAUACCACCUGUUCUAAAACCAUUAAGAGAGUGUUCUUGUUGCACAGUUGUGAGAUUUUCAAAUCCUUUAUCAAUCUUUCGUCAUCUGAAGUGCUGUCCGUCUUCGAGUGUCCCGUAUGCCUCGAGUACAUGCUUCCUCCAUAUCUGCAGUGUCAAGCUGGUCAUUUAGUAUGCGGCAACUGUCGACCGAAGUUACAGUGCUGUCCAACGUGCCGUGGACCUACACCUAGCGUUCGAAAUCUUGGCCUCGAAAAAAUUGCGAACACUGUUCGUUUCCCUUGCAAAUUCGCUUCGUCGGGCUGCCCACUCUUCUUUUAUCAUUUCGAUAAAGUCGAACAUGAAGAAACAUGUGAAUGCCGACCUUACAGUUGCCCGUGUCCUGGUGCUGCAUGCAAGUGGCAGGGCGCUUUAAAUGACGUGAUGGACCAUCUUAAAAAGGUGCACAAGAGCAUAACUACUUUACAAGGAGAGGACAUUGUUUUCCUUGCAACUGAUAUCAACUUGCCUGGUGCAGUUGACUGGGUUAUGAUGCAAAGUUGUUUUGGAUACAACUUCAUGCUUGUGCUAGAGAAACAAGAAAAAUUUGAUCAUGGACACCAAGUGUUUUAUGCCGUUGUGCAACUUAUCGGUGCCAAAAAAGAGGCGGAUAAUUUCAUGUAUCGUUUGGAACUGUCAACACACCGUCGUCGAUUGUGUUGGGAGGCGACUCCGCGUUCAAUUCAUGAAGGUGUUGCGCAUGCCAUUCAACUGUCUGAUUGUCUCGCCUUUGAUACUCCGACAGCUCAGUUGUUCGCAGAGAAUGGAAAUUUGGGAAUUAACGUUACAAUCAGCAUGGUGAGUUCACAUCUUAUCAUUUCUAGUGUUGUUGAAAAGGAUUCAACAUUUCUUGUUGUCAGUGGUUGGUUUAAGGUGUAA